UAGGGCUCGACAGCUCCCCGGCCAAAGAAAAGAAAACCGAAACUUAGGGGCCGACCGAGCGGCGAAGUCGAUUGAAGAAGAAAGAAAAAGAGGAGGGAAAAGGGAAAAAGAAAAAGACUCGAGGGGUUCGUUUCGGAGGAAGAAAGGUUUGGAAGAUUCGAUCUUAUAUUCGUGCCUGCGUUCUCUUCUAAAGAGUUUGGGAGGCAGAAGCUACGAUGUCGCCGGCCGAAUCGUCGCGUGAAGAGAAUGUGUACAUGGCGAAGCUGGCCGAGCAGGCCGAACGGUACGAGGAGAUGGUGGAUUUCAUGGAGAAGGUAGCGAAGACUGUCGACGUGGAGGAGCUGACCGUCGAGGAGCGCAACCUCCUGUCGGUGGCUUACAAGAACGUGAUUGGUGCCCGCCGGGCUUCGUGGCGCAUCAUCUCCUCCAUCGAGCAGAAGGAGGAGAGCCGCGGGAAUGAGGACCAUGUCGCUAUGAUCAAGGAGUACCGCGGCAAGAUUGAGGCCGAGCUUAGCAAGAUCUGCGAUGGGAUCCUCAAGCUGCUUGACUCCCACCUCAUCCCCUCGGCCACAGCCGCGGAGUCCAAGGUUUUCUACCUUAAGAUGAAGGGGGAUUACCACAGGUACCUUGCGGAGUUUAAAACUGGUGCCGAGAGGAAAGAAGCAGCUGAGAGCACACUGUUGGCAUACAAAUCAGCUCAGGAUAUUGCACUCGCUGAAUUGGCCCCGACUCAUCCUAUAAGGCUUGGGCUUGCACUCAACUUCUCAGUGUUUUAUUAUGAGAUCUUGAACUCACCAGACCGUGCUUGCAGUCUAGCAAAGCAGGCGUUUGAUGAGGCCAUCUCAGAGCUUGACACUUUGGGUGAGGAGUCUUACAAGGACAGCACCUUGAUCAUGCAGCUUCUCCGGGACAACUUGACACUCUGGACAUCUGAUAUCACGGAGGAUGGAGGUGAUGAGAUCAAGGAAGCUCCCAAACGGGAAUCAGGAGGAGAGGGGCAGUGAUGAGAGAUCAGGGAUCUGGCCUGUUUGAUCCCUUGUGCCCUGGAAUGUGUAUUUUUAAGCUUUAAAUGUAGCGAUGUGCUUGGAGAUUGGUACUCUUUUAGUUGCCGUGGCUUGUGGAUGAACCUCCUAUCUACCUGACAGAUGUGGUUUGAUGGUUGGAUUGUUCUAGCUUGUUAGUGCUUCAUCACAUCUCCUUUAUCUCCCAUAGUGGAAGAUUUAUGGUUAGUGUAUGUCAAGCAAGGUAGAAGCUAAUUAAUUGCCGUA